ACCUAGUUACGAUUUAGGGUUCUAAUCCUCUUCUUCAUCACUGCAGUUUUCGCGCGAAAAAAUGGAUCCUGAAGGUCAGAGAAGCUCUUCGACCCCUUCGGCGAUGAUGGCUUCUCUUCUUAGCAGGAGAGCCAAGCUUCAAGAAGAGCUUCGGAACAUCGAAAGACAGGUUUAUGAUAUGGAGACGAGUUAUUUGCAUGAUCCGAACCAAUGCGGCAAUGUAUUGAAAGGUUUCGAGGGGUUCCUAUCUUCAUCUAAGAACACUGCACUCUUGAAGCGGUCCAGGAAGUUCCAGCCUGAAGACAGGCUGUUCUCCUUAUCUUCAGUCACCUCUCCAGCAGUAUGUAUUCUUGAUAAAAUUUAAAUUGUUUGGUCAUUUUCUGUAAGCUUUCCCUCCUUUGUUAUGUUUGCACUUUUACCCUUGACUGUGUAAAAUUUGAUUUAUAUCUUCUAAAAGUUAAAGCACAGCAGGAGGGAUAUCAAUGAAGUAUGAGCCUUCUAAACUUGGCUUUACGUUUGGAAGAACGGGAAAAGGAUAGUGAAAGAUAAGAGGAACUUUCAUACCUAGUUUCCUUUUUACUCUAGGAAUCUUUUAUAAAGCAUUCCACAAGCAGGACUUAGUGGUUGCAUGCCUGUAGCUUGAUGGCUUGAUGCUUGAUGCUGAUCCUUACCCCAUGUUUGGAUUAAGGGAAAUGAGGGGAAAGGAAAGGAGAUGAUUUUUAACCAAUUAAAUGAAGGUUUGUUCUCCUUUCCUUAUCCUAGUUGGUUUAAAAUCAUUUCCUUUCCUUUCCCCUGAUUUUCUUCGAUCCAAAUUAGGGGUUAGAGACAGACAGAUAAUCAUUAGUUUGAAAACAUCAAAAGAAUUGCUGCCCAUGUUGCAGAUUAAUCCAUCUACAUAUUGACAUCUCAGGGCCAGAGAAGGCUACACUCCUUAGGCCAUCAUUGAAAGGCUCCCUUGUUCAUCUGUAACAUUUCAAAUGUUCCUCCUAUAUAAUGCACAUUCUGGAUUAAAACUCGUAAUGAAUUUUGGGAAGUUGGAAACGUAGUAGUUCGUUUGUAUGUCUGCAACUAAUAAUGUUAAUUAGCAUUG